AUGGCUUGGCCUUAUCGCUUCAUCCUAUCCCUCUCGGAUGAGGAGCUUGAACGCCGACGCAAUAUCCUUGACAGCCGCGGCCAAUAUGCUCAGUUCUCGGCGCUCAUUCUUCUCGGUGCUUUCUUUCUAUAUGGACUAGGGCGAGGCAACCGAUUCGAGCAAAAUAGACGGAAAUCAUGGUGGGAUGCACCUGCUAUUCGAGGUAGCAGCGAGACUCGAAAGCAAUAUGCUGUUACACUGUCUUGGCUAUUAUGGCUUGUGAGUCUUAGUAUAUGGAGGACAGGCGAUGAUUACAUCCACCUGACAAAAGCUUUGGGACAUGUUGGCCUCUCUCAAUUACCGUUCCUAGUGUUAUUGGCCCCUACUUCUUUCGUCUUCGCUUCAAAUUCAACCCUACCGUCCAUCAUCUCUUACUUGACCUCCAUUCCCCAGCCAGUGUUGACAGCCUACCACCGUCUGCUUGGCAGAUUCGUCAUUGUGCCUCUGGUAUGUGGCCAUGCAGCUCUUUUUCUCUUGUUUUAUGUCCAAGUGCCCCAUCCCGAAUUCGGCACAGUCUUUGCCAAACGCAUUCGGGAUCCAGACGUUCAAUACGGAUUAGCAGGGACAUUGUUCGCUAUCCUGAUCCUGGUCCUUGGUCGUGCGAAUGUCUGGAGACUGCGAGAUUUGGUCAGAGUCUCGAGGCCGGAAUCACGACGGCAGUUGUUCUAUGUCGUGCAUUUUGCGCUGGUUGGGGUCUUCUUUGCCUUGGCUUAUUCUCAUGUGCGGUAUGCGCGGCCAUUUGUCUUGGAGGCUAUUGGGGCUUCCGUGGUUAAUUUGGCGUGUUGCAAGCUGCUGGCUUCGCGGUAG